GAUGAAACGUUUACUUCUUUCUAGUGCAGGAAUAACAAGCUCAAGACUGUGGCUGAUACCUCACCUGAUGACAAUGUGAACAUUUAAUUCAAAUCUGCAACUUCAGAACAAAGCUGGAUACCUAGCCUUAUUCUUCCUGUCACCCCUGUGCUACUGAGGCCAACGUGGGCUUGUCCUUGCUUCUGGCUGCCUUGCCUGGAACCAGUCAUGGCUGACGACUCUCAGAGAAACUUCCGCUCAGUGUAUUAUGAAAAAGUGGGGUUUCGUGGAGUUGAAGAAAAGAAGUCACUGGAAAUUCUGUUAAAAGAUGACCGGCUGGAUAUUGAGAAGCUUUGCACAUUUAGUCAAAGGUUUCCUCUCCCAUCCAUGUAUCGUAUACUGGUGUGGAAGGUGCUUUUAGGAAUUAUUCCUCCUCACCAUGAAUCUCAUGCUUUGGUGAUGAAGUACCGGAAGGAGCAGUACUGGGAUAUACACCAUGCUCUUCGUGUAAUUCGUUUUAUUAAUGAUUCUACCCCACAGGUAGAUGUUUUCCUCCGCAUACAUCAACUGGAAUCAGGAAAAUUGCCUCGAAACAUGGCUUUUCCAUUGGAACCUGAAGAUGACGUGUUUCUUGCUAUUGCUAGAGCAAUGGAGGAAAUGGUGGAGGAUCCUAUAGAAUGCUAUUGGCUCGUCAGUUGCUUUGUGAAUCAGCUGAACAGCAAGCACAAAGAUUCAUUACAACAACUGCCAAAAGUUCUGGAGCAGUAUUUGAACAUUGAAGAUAACAGGCUCCUGAUGCAUCUGAAAGCAUGUGCUGCAAUGAGCAAACUCCCUUAUGAUCUUUGGUUUAAAAAGUGUUUUGCAGGCUGUUUACCUGAGUCCAGUUUACAGAG